AUGGAAUUGGACGACGGCGAUCUGGCGAUGGAGAUGGAUUUGGACUCGAUUCCGAUUCCGCCCACGCCACGAAAAGAAAACAACAUCCCGGCGGGGCUGGUCCUCCGCUCCGGCAUCGACUCGAUUGCGGGGAGAUGCACGGCAUAUGGAUUUAUCGGCCAGCCAGACCCCGGACUUCUCGAGAACCUCCAAUCGUCCGACCUAUGGCGCAAACGAGAGGCCGUCCAGACCAUCUCCAACCUGAUCCUCAUCUCCGACGAGGGCGCCAACCUGAACGUGUCGUUCCGCGACAUUGUCGCAGCAAUCAAGGACUUGUUGCAGAAUGAGGACUUCAACACGAAAAGCGACGGCGUCACCUGCCUCCAAAACCUGGUCGACGUCUUCUCACGCUCGCACAGCGUCGCCGCAGAUGCCAUCCCAUUGCUGAUCACGUUGAUGCAAGACGUCAGGGAGGAGUACGGCGUUGACAUCCACGAGACGGCGCUCAAGCCGCUGCUGAUCCUCAGCCGAAAAUAUGGGCGGAAUAUCUUGCAAGCGGGUGGUCUUUCUGGAGUCCUCCGUCAUCUGUACUUCUUCAACCAGCACGCCCAGCGCUCAGCUAUCGAAGUCGUCGCCAACGCCGCCUCGUACGUCACCCCGGCCAACCUCGAUCAGGUCACCGAGGCGUUCAGAGAGAUUUGCGAUAACUUGAAUAACACCGACAGCAAGAUGGGCGACGCCGCCUGCGCGGCCUUCUCCCGCAUCGUGUGCAACCUGUACGAGGAGGAAACCUUCGUCAACGACGUCCUCGACCAGAAGUACGAUCUGGCGUGCAAGAUUGUCAACGUGCUCCGCGAGGUCACCACCAAGUUCUCGGCCACCACGGAGCUGCUCAUUGCCGUCCGGUUGUUGAUGGGAUGCAGCAGUGAUUUUGCGCUGAAGCUUCACCACGUCGGCGCCACGAGCACGAUUGCCAAUUUGCUGUCCCCGCUUUCGUCGAAGAGGGCUAUCAACAGCUUCAUAGACCUUCGGGAGCUGAUCUACAUGUGUGGAGAAUUGGCGCCGGCGCUUCCGGAUACCAGCAUCUUCAUCAUCGACAAGCACAUCGUCAAUCAGACUGGCACUCAUCGCCGUCAGCAUCAACCUGCUUGGCCGAGCACCGUCACCGACCCGGUUGUCCACUUUGGUGUCAUUCGCGUGCUGGUCCGCCUCCUUCUCCCCUGUCGCCACGUCGACCUCUUCGAGCUGUUGGAAGAGUCGCAGUAUGCCAACCCGAAGGCCGGCCCGGUCACCCGAACUCGCAGCAAGGCCCAACAGAUCGUCGACGCGCUGCCGAUCGUCAGCCGCAAGCGCACCAGCCCGGCGGGUAGUGACGUGCCGACGACGUCGCACGCCUCCGACCACCACCACUACCCCUCGUCCAUCCUGCCGGCCGUCCCGCUCACCCCAUUCCGUGACGACGGAUCCCCGUCAACGAAACGCGAACGGGACAGCUGCGGCAGCUCGCGCUCGACGGCCCACGCCUCGGCCGGCCCCAAGAAGAGCCCGCUGCAGUUGCUGAGCAUCAGCCGUCAUGGAUCGGCCAGCACGUCGAGCAUGGAUUCGGGAUCAUCACCGGAUUCGUUGACGCGGCAGCUGAACGAGCAAGAGCACACCGAGAUCAACGCCUGGCUGAUCCAGGAGUGCUCGCACGCCCUGCGGCUUCGCCCUGACGUCGCCCCGGUGCAUGAGCAGCUUCAGCAACUCGUGUCCUCGAUUCGGGAUCGCAAGGAUGACCUCAUCCCCAACACGUUCUUCAAGGACCUCCUCCACCUGGCCCAACAGAACUUGACGCCGAAUCAGUUGCUGCACAGCGGCCUCGCCGAAGAGAUCCUGAAGUGGAUGGCCGACGGCAGCGCGAUGCACGUCGUCCCGCUGAUCAUCGCCUCGUUGCAGAAGAUUGACAGCGCAGACCGGCAACAGCACCUCAACCAGCUGAUCCGCAUCGUCGCCGGCGCCGUUGACUUGUGCGAGGCGUUCCCGGUGUCGAUUUUCGAUCUGACCUCGCACGCGUCGACCAAUUUGUUCCAUGGAGCCCAGGCUUUGCGAUAUUUCCGGAAUCAUGUCGUUACGAUCACUGUCUCGCGACAUCCAAAAGUCGACUCCAGCGACCCGCCCCAGAGCAACACCUUCAAGACGGACGCCCUGGUGACGAUGAAGUACAUCUACUCGGUAGUCAAGAACCGCUUGCCGAUUCGCCAAUCGAGCAGUUCGGAAGAAGAGGAGGAUUCUCAGAACGGCAUCUACCAAUCGAUGGACAUCGAGCUGCUCACCUCCAACGGCACGGUCAUUGGCCAAGAACAAGUGCUACUCGAAGUUCUACUCGCCAACUCGUCCGACGACAUUGGCCGCAUCCUCGGCACGGCCCACAACUUUCACUACCGGCCGAAGAAGAGCGGCAACGCGGUGCGGCACGUCGACCACAAGAUGUCGCUGGAGCAGCGCAUCCGUGAAGAGCUGUCUCAUGCACCCGACGAGCACACCACUCUGCCGACGGCCAGCGGAGUCACGCUUGUUGCUGAAUUCCUGGAGGGCAAGCGCGUUUUCGAGAAGAACAUGAUGAAGCGCAUCGAUCGGAUCUCACAAUCGACGGCACACACAAAUCCGGAUGAGCCCUCGCAAUUCGUGCCCGCUCUCGGCAUGUUGACGCUGCUCCAUUACAUCGAUCAGUACUGGUCCGUCGACGGAUGCCAGGGCUACUGGCCCGAACGCCCGUUCCCGAUCGCCUCCAAAGAUGCCUUCGUCUGCAAGAAGCUCGACGCCAAAGUGAACCGCCAACUCGCCGACUUCCUCUCAGUCGCCGCCCAAGGCCUUCCCACAUGGAUCGAGUGGAUCGCCCGCAACGCCCCGUACGCCCUCUCCUUCGAGACGCGCCGCUCCUUCUUCCAUCUCACCGCUUUCGGCAGGGAGCGUGCCCUCGGCCACUGGCUCCAACAGCGCGACAUCCCCACCGAGGACGCCAACUUCAUGCGCGUCAAGAAGGUCUCCAUCGAGGUCGUCCGCGACAACUUCAUCACGUUCGCCUACGCGGCACUCCAGGAUACACCCACGGGCAGCACGAUGGAGGUGAAAUUCCGAGGUGAGGCCGGCACUGGCCAUGGCCCGACCCAGGAGUUCUACUCGAUACUGUCGAAGGAGUUCAAGAAGGCGUCGCUGGAUUUGUGGUAUCCGGGCAGGAUGGAAGUGGAUCCGGAGACGAACGAGAAGAUGGUCGCCUCAGAUCAUGGCCUAUUCCCGCUGCCUUGUACGAAGGAGAAGCGCGUGGAGAAGAUUCAGCUCUACGAACUGCUCGGUCGUGCCCUCGGACAAUCGCUGCAGGACGGCAAGCGUUUGGACAUUGUCUUGUCGCCGAUCGUGAUGAAGUACCUCAUCGGAAAGGCACACCUCAUCGGCCCAUGCGAUUUGGCGACCGUCGACCCGAUCGUCUACAAGUCGAUGAAGCAGAUCGAGGAGUGCGGCGGAGACGAGCUCGACUUGAUCAUGGCCGAUUAUGCCGUGCCGAAUGUGGAUAUCAACAUCUCCACCGACUCGAGCCAGCAAACGGUGACGGCCAAGAAUCGAUGGACGUACUUGGAGCGCGUUCGCGAGAUCAUGCUCCUCACCGUCCGCGAGCCCCUCGAAGCCAUCGCCCAUGGCCUGAACGCCGUGCUCCCGCGCGAAAAUCUCGAGUGCUUCCUGCCCGACGAGUUCGAGGCGCUGUUCUGCGGGGCCGACGGAGCCGAUCCCGAGUACUGGCAGCCGAGCCGGAUCAUCGACGCGCUCAAGUUCGAUCUGGGUUACUCCCGCGAGAGCCUGGCCGUCAAGAACUUUGUUCAAAUGCUCGUCGAGUUCACGCCCGCCAAGCGACAGCGCUUCCUGCAGUUUGUCACCGGAUCGCCGCGCCUUCCGCACGGCGGCUUUGCAGCGCUGAGCCCACCGCUUACGGUUGUCUGCAAGAGCCCGGCGUUUGGCGGCCCCGACGGCGAAUUCCCGUCGGCCGUCACGUGCAAGAACUACGUGAAGCUGCCCAAUUACACCAGCUAUGAGAUGAUGCGCCGCCAUGGCCGCGGCGGACCGGCUGCUGAAGCAACUACUACGGAAAUUGCAAGACUUCGAAAAAUGAUGCUCGGGACGCGCGUGCAAUACAACGAAAGAUGGGCCAAAAUCGCUUACAUCGGCCUCGUGCAAUUCGCUGACGGAGUCUUUGCGGGCCUGGUCUACGACGAGAAGGUCGGGAAGCACUCGGGAGAGGUGCGAGGCGUGCGUUAUUUUCGGUGUGCGCCAUCGCACGGCGCCUACGUCCCCCUGGACAAGGUGUUGGCCCGAACGACGGAUGCACAUCAACCACAAGAGGCACCGUCACAGCAGCCAGGCGUGCAGACGCCCGAACUUCUUCAGCCGGAACCCAUUGUGGCUGCCGAUGAGCCUGCGGUCGACUUUGAUGGCCGCGACGUUGCCCCCGUUGAUGAGCAGAUUGAGAAGCCCGUCUCCUCGAUUCGGGAUCGCAAGGAUGACCUCAUCCCCAGCACGUUCUUUAAGAUCACCGUGUCGCGCCAUCCAAAAGUCGACUCGAGCGACCCACCGCAGAGCAACACCUUCAAAACGGAUGCCCUGGUGACGAUGAAGUACAUCUACUCGGUGGUGAAGAACCGCUUGCCGAUUCGCCAGUCGAGCAGUUCGGAAGAGGAGGAGGACUCUCAGAGCGGCAACUACCAAUCGAUGGACAUCGAGCUGUUGACCUCAAACGGCACCGUCAUCGGCCAAGAACAAGUACUGCUCGAAGUUCUACUCGCCAACUCGCCCGACGACAUUGGCCGCAUCCUCGGCACGGCCCACAACUUCCACUACCGGCCGAAGAAGAGCGGCAACCCUUACCUCAUCGGGAAGGCGCACCUCAUCGGCCCGUGCGAUUUGGCGACGGUCGACCCGAUCGUCUACAAGUCGAUGAAGCAGAUCGAGGAGUGCGGCGGAGACGAGCUCGACUUGAUCAUGGCCGAUUAUGCCGUGCCGAAUGUGGAUAUCAACAUCUCCACCGACUCGGGCCAGCAAACGGUGUUGACCCGACCGACGGAUGCGCAGCAACCACAAGAGGCACCGUCACAGCAGCCAGCCGUGCAGGCGCCCGAACUUCUUCAGCCGGAACACAUUGUUGCUGCCGAUGAGCCUGAGGUCGACUUCGAUGGCCGUGGCGUUGCCCCCGUUGAUGAGCCGCUUGAGAAGCUCGUCUCCUCGAUUCAAGAUUUAUGUAUCCCA